ACGCACAAUAGCGUUGAAUUCUUUAAUAAAAUCAUGCACCUUUGAUGUCUCUUUUUUACCUUCACAAAUUAACACCACCAUGCAAUUGCAACCCCAUUUCCUUUAUUUAAGAAAACCUACUUUGGUCUCACAUAUUCGAUAUCUAACCAACCAAAAAUAUUAUUUCAGCUCCUUUCUUUUUCUUGAAAACAUAUUUUUUUUUAAAGAUUAUAAAAGAGCUUAAGUAAAGAGAGGCAGUAGAGAAUUCUCUUUUACUUGUGUCUCUUACUCUAGCCUUCCUUUUUUCCAUUAAUUGCAUUAAAAACAUUUCUCGCACCCCACAUUUGCUUUUAUUAGGGAGGAGAGUAAAAAACAAAAAAAAAAAAAAACCAAAGAUGGGUAGGAUUCCAUGUUGUGAGAAGGACAAUGUGAAAAGGGGACAGUGGACUCCUGAAGAAGACAACAAGCUCUCUUCCUACAUUGCCCAACACGGCACCCGUAACUGGCGCCUCAUCCCCAAGAAUGCUGGUCUUCAAAGAUGCGGCAAGAGUUGCAGGCUUAGGUGGACUAAUUACCUGCGUCCUGAUCUUAAGCAUGGCCAGUUCUCUGAUGCAGAAGAGCAAACUAUAGUGAAGCUUCAUUCUGUUGUUGGUAACAGAUGGUCACUAAUUGCAGCUCAGCUGCCUGGCCGCACAGACAAUGAUGUUAAAAAUCACUGGAACACCAAACUGAAAAAGAAGCUGUCAGGCAUGGGAAUUGAUCCUGUGACCCACAAGCCCUUCUCCCACCUAAUGGCUGAAAUUGCAACCACACUGGCACCCCCACAGGUGGCUCACCUUGCAGAAGCAGCCCUUGGCUGCUUCAAAGAUGAAAUGCUCCAUCUCCUUACUAAGAAGCGCAUUGACUUCCAGAUCCAACAACCCAAUGCAGCACUAGGGAACACCACUGCCACUUAUAUUAACCGUAAUCAAGAUGAAAAAGAUGAUACCAUUGAGAAGAUCAAGCUUGGCCUAUCAAGGGCCAUCCAAGAACCUGAGAUGCUACCAUCAAACAAGCCAUGGGACAGUACUGGAGCGACAUCUGCGAAUUUCGCAGGGGCCUGCAGUGCUUUCCCUGCAUCUAUGCCUGGAUAUCAGUAUGGCCCGUCAUCUUUUGGCAAUGACGGGGACAGAUCACCAUGGAGCCAGAGUAUGUGUACAGGAAGCACAUGCACAGCAGGGGACCAGCAAGUUCAGUUGCAUGAAAAACUUGAGGAAGAAAAUGGGGAGGAUUCUGAGGGUGGGAAAGGAAUCAGAAAUGGAUCCAGCAUUUUCAGUUCAGACUGUGUCUUAUGGGAUUUGCCAUCUGAUGAUCUAAUGAACCCAAUAGUUUAAGAAAAGUUACAGAACAGAAGUGCAAAGAAGGCAGGAAUCCUACUUCAAGGAUUAAAAAUAAACAUCUUACAGCAAUUAUAAUGAUUGACAUGUAAAUAAAGCUCAUUUCAUAAAUCAUGAUAAAAUACAAGAAAAAGCAUUAUUUCUUGCUAAUAAUUUCAACUAUUUGU